AUUUUCAGGAAUUGUCGGAAAUGGGUUAUGGAAGAACUGAUUGGGGGAACUGGGGGUGAUCCAAAAUUCAAAAUGUUGCCAAAAUUCACCCUUUUCCUAAGACUGCUAUCCCCGACUUCUACUUCCACAUUUCUCAAAGCGCUUCAAGUCAGUCAACAAAGUCCGGACAUUCAUGCCGUUAGCCGCAGCACAAAAAUUCCCACAUUUUGUCUUCCGGAAGGCGAAAUGCCUUUGAUCUAAAGAGUUCUAGCUGCGUCCACAUUUCUCAACCCAUUCAGACCGUUCCAACAUCAAAGCAUUCAACUAAUUAAGAACAUUCAUGCCAUUUUCCACAUACCAAGAAUUCCCAAGUCUCUUGACAUUCCCAUUUUUUGGAAUCCAAAGUCAAAAUUCUCAAGUCAUCCGGGACAUUUAGCAGGGGUGUAACGAUUCAUUCACUGCAUCGAUUCAUCAAUUUAUAUUGCUACGAUUCAGCUACAUCGUGGCGACGCAUUCAUAUCAAUCUAGCAUCGUAACAUAAAAGGUAAUCAAAGGGUUGAAUGGACACUAGCAAGUAUGCUAGUAUUUGGCCCAUAGACUGCAUGAUUGGGCCACAACACUGCAUUCUCGCACGCAAUGUAUUCAUUGUCACGUGUAAUAUAAGCAUGAGUUCUAAUAUCCUCAGGUGAGAACGUGUCAACACCUAAUUGAAGAUACCAUACCACAUGUCCCUCACCUUUGGGUGCAAAAUGCUGGUUCUACAUGCAGUAAAGACUUCAUCGUGGCAACCCUCCAUACCACCCUCUGUUCAUCCCGAUUUUCUAUUGCAUUUGUAACUCAUUUUUUGUACUCAUUGAUCACUUAUUCUUCAGUAUGCCAGCAUUGUGCAUCAUUUAAUCCAGGAAUCUAGGAAACUUCACCUGCACUGUCCAGCAUCCAGUGUUCCGUGUUGACUGCAGCCCGGGGCCUCGGUACCACGUGGAUGCCAAGGUGACCCGCUUAGGAAGAGAUGGCGCCCCUGCGUACUCCAUCUUGGGCAGAGCCAAAGCCCAAAGUAAGCGUGAGACGGUUUGCUUUUGUAGCGCAGAGAGCACGCCUCAUAGCGCCGUCGUUGCUUUGUUUUUCCGCCACAGAGGAACUCUUCCAAACACCCGGCCCGGGCUCAUACAGCCCUGAAAAAGCCCCACCUUGCAACCUCCAGCGUCGCCCCCCGUCCUACACAAUGGGCGUCCGCACGCACUACCGCGCCGUGGACUCGGUGCCCGCUCCGAACAAGUACAGCCUCCCUCCGCUGAUGGGCUCUCACAUCCCAAACAAGGCCGCCGGCGCCAGCUACUCCAUGUCGGCCGCUUUCAGCAAGGGGGGGCCCUCCGUGGACCUCGCCAAGACCCCGGGCCCUUGCCGGUACAACGGCACGGAUCCGAGCGUUUAUCUCCCACGACCGCCCGCUUUUUCCAUGCUGGGCCGACACAGUUUACCCACAGACGCCACCAAGAAACCAGGGCCCGGAGCUUAUCACCCAGAAAGAGUGACGGCGCACAAAGCCCGCGCCCCCGCCUUCUCCAUGGGGGUUAGACACUCGGAGUUUGUCACCCCGCUCAUUGUCACCAUCUCCGACUGAACUCACUGGACAAAACAUUAGGUACACCUAAUGGUGGCUAUCUCACCAUCACAUAUAGUAUAGGGGUGUUAUUCCAUGCCUGGAGGGCUCUAAUAUGUCUUAUUUUCUCUUAUGAUGUCUACUAUAUCGGGUAAAAGGAGUGUUAAAGGUGACUAAAGGGGUGUUAUUUUAUGUCUAGAGGGCUUUAUUCAUGUUAAAAAGUCUAAAAAGUGUAUUUAGAAGGUCAAACAGGUUACUAUGUUUUAUGUCUUAUUUUCUCUGAUUAUGUCUACUAUAUCAGCUAAUAGGAAUGUAAAAGUGAUUAUAUGGGUGUUAUUUUAUGUUUAGAGGGCUCUGAUGUUAAAAAGCGUAUUUAGAAGGCAGUAAACAGGUUUUCUAUGUCUUAUGUCUUAUUUUCUCUUAUGUCUACUAUAUUGGGUAAUAGGAGUGUAAAGGUGACUAUAGGGGUGUUAUUUCAUGUCUAGAGGGCUAUAAUAAUGUUACAAAGUGUAUUUAGAAGGUGGUAAACUGUUUUUAUGUCUUGUUUUCUCUUAUGUCUACUACAUUGGUUAACAGGAAUGCAAAAGUGACUAGAGGGGUGUUAUUUCAUGUCUAGAGGGCUCUAAUGUUAAAAAGCAUAUUUAGAAGAUUGUAAACAAGUUUUCUAUGCCUUAUAUGUUUGAUUUUCUCUGAUUAUGUCCACUAUAUUGGGGACCAGGAAUGUAAAAGGUGACUAUAGGGGGGUUAUUUCAUGUCUAGAAGGCUCUAAUGAUGUUAAAAAGCAUAUUUAGAAGGUUUGUAAAGAGGUGUUCUGUACUGUAACUACCAAAAUGUUCCAUUUCUAAAUAAGCAAUCCUACUUGGCGUAAGUUUGGGUGUGGAAGCAAUGAGCCGCCAUAAAGGAGGGAUUUCUGUCUUUGUUUUGCUCUUUUUGCUCACUUUUUGUGUCCCACGGCAUCCAUAAAAAUGAUCUGCACAUGCGUCACGGCCGACCACAGACGUCUUUCGAUUGUGCAGGUGUACCUAAUGAAGUGCAAUGAAUAUUGUGUAAUAGAUCGCUUACGGCAUCACUCAUCCAUCCUUGCCCGUUGUGUUAUUCUUAUUGUUCAUUCCGUGUUGGAAUGAGUGAACGACUUAUUGAUCCACAGGAGGCAUUGAAAAGUGGUUUUUCCUCACACGUUUGCUCACUUGCCAGGGAAUGACGUGAAGGACAACAUCCAUGC